CAGGAAGACUCUUCAAAAGACUAAAACAAAAAACAAUUCUGAGCUUUCGGAAGAUUUCAUUGCAGUAAACCACGUGCGCGCACACAUCCUCGUGCACUUCUCUUUUGAUAAUCUGGGCUCCAGCGCCUCCGCGCCCUUCCCUCCCAUCCCGGCUCCCAGAGCUGCCUCUCCGCCCUCCCACUUGUUCUCCCCCUCCAUCCCUCCCUCCCUCCCUCCCUCCUCAGAGGAGCAGCUCCGUCUCUCUGCACUUGUCUCCUCAGUCAAGGAGAAACUAAUUGGAGGGAAGAAUACGCGGAAGAAGCGGCUGGAAAACUGAAGAAACGCAAAGUUUACGCGCUUCAUCAUGCCCCAGAAAGACUACAGGAGUCCAGCCAGCUGGGAGACCGGGGUGGCCUCCAUGAUGCAGAACAGUCACAGCGGGGUCAACCAGCUCGGGGGAGUAUUUGUGAACGGGAGACCUCUGCCCGACUCCACCAGGCAGAAGAUCGUGGAGCUGGCCCACAGCGGCGCUCGGCCGUGUGACAUAUCCAGAAUCCUUCAGGUGUCCAAUGGCUGUGUGAGUAAGAUCCUGGGCCGAUACUACGAGACCGGAUCCAUCCGUCCCCGGGCCAUCGGAGGGAGUAAACCCAGGGUGGCCACCCCGGAGGUGGUCACAAAGAUUGCCCAGUACAAGAGAGAGUGCCCGUCCAUCUUUGCCUGGGAGAUCAGAGACCGGCUGCUGGCGGAGGGCGUCUGCUCCAACGACAACAUCCCCAGCGUCUCCUCGAUAAACCGAGUCCUCAGGAAUUUAGCCAGUGACAAGCAGCAAAUGGGCUCGUUGGGAACAGAAGGGAUGUUUGACAAACUCAAGAUGCUCAACGUGCAUACCAGUUGGGGGGGGCGCUCCAGCUGGUAUGCCGGGACCACGCUCUCCUCCACAGAGUGUCCGCAGGCAGAAGGAAGAGAGAACAGCAUCUCAGUGAAUUCCAACACAGAAGACUCCGAGGAGACGCAGAUGAGGCUUCAGCUGAAGAGGAAGCUGCAGAGGAACAGAACCUCGUUCACUCAGGACCAAAUAGAAGCGCUCGAGAAAGAGUUUGAAAGGACUCACUACCCAGAUGUGUUCGCUCGUGAGCGUCUCGCUAACAAAAUAGACCUUCCUGAAGCCAGGAUACAGGUUUGGUUUUCCAACAGACGAGCAAAGUGGAGAAGAGAGGAGAAGUUGCGAAAUCAACGCCGGCAGAUAUCCAGCUCCGGCAGCCACAUUCCCAUCAGCAGCAGCUUCAGCUCCUCCGCCUACCAGCCUCUCCCCCAACCUGCCGCACCAGUGUCGUUUUCUUCGGGCUCCAUGUUGGGAAGGUCAGAUCCCGCUCUGUCCAACAGCUACAGCCUCCCAACCAUGCCCAGCUUCAGCAUGGCCGCCAGCCUGCCCAUGCAGGCGUCCAGUCAGACGUCUUAUUCCUGCAUGCUGCCCACCAGCCCCACUGUCAACGCUCGAAGCUACGACACGUACACCCCCCCACAUAUGCAGCCUCACCUCAGCAGCCAGUCUAUGACUUCCUCUGCCACGUCGUCGACAGGUCUGAUCUCUCCUGGCGUCUCUGUGCCGGUCCAAGUUCCAGGAAGCGAAGCAGACAUGUCACAGUACUGGCCCCGCCUGCAGUGAUGCUGCUCCUGCAGUGGAGGUCAUCAGGAGGGGCUCCGGCUCUGUGUGGGGGUGUGGUGUGAAGAUCUGUCCGUCUUCAUCAGCGCUGGGAGUGACCGACGCCGGACCUCAGCAGAUGUGCUCAGACUGAGGAGUCCUGCUGCUGAGGAGCCUGAAGCUGCUGGAAGGAUCAGAUGUGGAUCAGGUUCAUCUGAGGCUGCAUCCAUGGUCUGCACCGUUGGAGAGGGGGUGUUCAGAAUCCGCCUGGGGAGGAAAGGGGAUCUGAGCAAGGAGCUGCCAAAUGUGGAAACAUUUCUGCAAAGAAGAGCUUCAGACAAAAAAACUGUUUAAGGACGUGCGGCACCCCCCAGCGCACUUGUGUACUUGUAAAAGGAAAUGUGGACCGGAGUGUAAAAGGAAGGACUGACUGAAACUUGAAACAUCUGCUGUGACUGUAGUUCUGCUUCCUGUCAGCAGAUGCCCGACCCUUCCCUCAGACAGGAUCUCAUUGUCCUUGUAAGAAGUGUUUGGUAUCGUGAACCAUCACAUGGAUGCAACUUCCCAACGUGAAAGCUGGAAACGGCUGGAAACAAGUGGAUUCAGUGAACAGAAGAAAAACUCAUGAUACAGUUUUUCCACAUCUAAAAAAUAAAAUGAAUGUUUGCAGAUUUGGUUCUGACUUCGGGACAUGUAAAGGUUCUGUUCUGUGAUCUGAGGUGGUUUCCAUGACAACAAAUCCAUUACUGGUCAUACUUGAUUGAGCAGAGAAGCUGGACUUCUGCUGGUGUUUAGGGAUGAAGGCCUGAAAGCAGAAGAAGCAACUGAAGGACCUCUAAAUCUGACCAAGUAUUUGUCUACUUUUUAGUCUGAAUGGACGCAUUAACUGAAUAGCAACGGUUCAAAAGUGAUUUCCAAAUCAUCCGACAUGCCAACACAUUCUCAUUCCCAAGUCGUCAUAUUGAUACAUCAUUAAGGACCCUCCACGUCGCUUGCAGGGGGUCCUCAACUCGCCGUUUUUUGACGAGUUGGCUGUUCCAAUUAAAUCAGGGUUGUUUUGUCGGACACAGACCCAACAGGUACAGGUACCCCAACCCUAGCCUGGUCCGCGUCCAGUACCAUGUCCGGAACCAGUACCACAUCUGGAACCGAUAAUGAUCCGCUACAGGUACCCUAACCCUUACCCGGUCCCUGUCUGGUACUGUGCCUGGAACCGUACCACAUCUGGAACGAGUACCAGUAUCCGCUACGGGUACCCUAACCUACCCUAGCCCAAUGCACUAACCCUUACCCUGACCACGUCUGGUACUGUCAAGAACCUUACGACAUCUGGAACGGUACGAUCUUCAUCCGCUACAGCACUCUUAUCCUUGCCUGGUCCAAGUAUGGUAUAAUCCCUGGAACCGGUACCGAUACACGUCCGCUACCGGUACCCUAACCUGGUACCCUAACCCUUACCUGGUCCAUGUCUGAUAUUGCGUCUGAAACCGUACCACAUCUGGAACGAGUUCCAAUCCGCAUCCUCUGCCAGUACCCUAACCCUUGCCUGGUCCGCGUCUGGUACCAUGUCCGGAACCAGUACUACAUCUGGAACCAGUACCAAUCGGCGACCGCUAUCAGUCUACCGGUACCAUAAUCUGGUACUCUAACAUUUGCCUGAUCAGGGUAUGGUACUGUUCCCGGAACCGGUCCUGAUCCGUGCCCGCUACCUGUACCCUAAUCCUUACCUGGUCUGUGUCUGGUACUGCGCCCAGCACCAUACAAAAUCUGGAACAAGUACCAAUCCGCAUCCUCUACUGGUACCCUAACCCUUGCCUGGUCCUCGUCUGGUACCAUGUCUGGAACCAGUACCACAUCUGGAACCGGUACCAAUCAGCGACCGCUACCAUAAUCCGGUACUCUGACCCUUGCCUGGUCCGCAUAUGGUACUGUGCCCGGAAACAGUCCUGAUCCGCGUCCGCUACCGGUACCCUAACUAACUGGUACUGCGCCCCAGAACCGUACCACAUCUGGAACGAGUACCAGUCUUUGCUACCAGUACCCUAACCCUUGCCCGGUCUGCGUCUAGAACGGGUACCGUAUCUGUAUGGAACCGGCACCGAUGUGUCUUGCACCAAUCCGCGUUCGGUACAGGUUUACGUAAAGGUUAGGACACCACUGUGGUCCAUGUCCCAGUACCAGACCGGUAUUAUAUUGCGGUCCAGAUGUUGGGGAGCCUUGACUUCAUUGGAACAGUCAGCACAUCAAAAAACGACGAGUUGGGGACACCCAAAACGGGAAUGAGAAUGUGUUGCAAAAGCAACAAAAUUUCACUUGAAAGUAACCAAACAUGAACUAUUUAACUAAAACAAGCAUUUUCUAUAUUUAUUUGAUGUAUGUUUGAAAGAAAAGUCAUCUUAUUUCAAGUGUAAAACAUUUAUUUAAUGAAAAAAUGGACAAACAUAGUUGGGAAGAUUUCGUUUUGCAGUGUGAGAAUUUCCUCGGUCCUUCACGCUGCUGGAGAGUGUUGACCCUGACCCCACCAGAGACGGAGGAACUGGAUAAAGUCCUUAUAAUCAGAUCUGGAAGAGAAAACCACAUUUUUUUUUAAAGAAAGUGCUUGUAAAAUUCAACAGAAAAGUGUGAGAAAGUGUUGAUCUGUCUUUAUUUUGUUGUUUAAAUAACACUUAUGAUGUGAAUGUGAGUGUGUGUAAUAAAGUGAGGCCUAAACUCGAGGGGGAGGGGUUUAACUGAACGCGCAGAAUCUGAGUCAAAAGAAUGGAAAACUCCGCUUUUUCUCACUUCCUGUAUUUUGUUUGUGAUUGCCGGUCAACCUCUGUAAACGUUUACCACUUAAGGAAAGAAGCACAGCCCUCACUAAAUAAAUACUUUUAAAAAAAGCGAGAAAUUAACGUUUCAUGUACUGUAACUUUUCAACCGUUUACACGAUCAACGUCAUUCCAGUCGAUUAUGAAGGAGAAAAGCGGCUCACGCCGCUUUUCUCCUUCAUAAUCGACUGGAAUGACGUUGAUCGUCUUAACAAUUAAAAAAUUACUGCUGUGACCAUUAAAUAAUAAUUCUACACACCUGCGUUUGUGUAGAGUGGUGAGGAAAGGACGCUUAAACUGGGAUUGAUGGUCUGUGAUGUUGGCAGAAGAAAAGGCGACAGAAGAAGCUGAAUGAUUGUCUGCAGAUGAAUGCAGGAGCAGCCAUUCAUCCCCUGACAGAAACAACAGCUCGCUGUCAAUCCCUCAGCCAUUGAUUUCUUCACACAAACACUCAUCAUUUACAUUCUAAUUAAAGUCAUCGCCGUGCUGAUCAUUUACAUUCUAAUAGAAAACAUUUGCAUGGUAAUCAGAACCAUGGAGACGUGACAGCGAACACGUGAAGACGUGAACGAUAGAUGAAGGAAAAGCAGAUUCUGAUUCUUUUUGACAUUUUUAUUUCAAGCAGAAGAGACGUCCGCAUUGUGCAGAGACGUCCGCUGUGACGAAAACAGCUGACUGACGGAGCCAGAGGUUGUGACCACUAUGAUGCCUGUCAGCUGUCAGUAGAUGAUUAUUUCAUCAAAGAACAAAUCGUCUCAAAUCUAUUCAUGAAUGAAGAAAGUUCUGCUCCUCCUAGAGUAGUUUCACACAGUGAAACGAUGGAACAGUGGGAAGGCCGUGUUUGAAGCUAAAACUGUGUCAGAACACUUUACAACACAGAAAGGCAAAAACAUGAGGCAUCUUCAACCUGCAGAUCCCAAAAAAAUCUUCAUUUUUAUUAAAAAGUCAAAAACAACUAAAGGUUACAAAAGAAAGCUAUGUCAGAAAAGUACGAUCCUCACCCCCACAUCACUCAAAAAAACAAAAAA